AUGGUUCUGGCUGGAAUUAUUCCAGCCUUUACAUUUGCUCUUGGAACGUGGCAAGUUAAACGUCUUAAGUGGAAAGUGGCCAUGAUAGACGAACUUGAAGAGAAGUUACAGAGAGAGCCUAUGUCUCUUCCAAAACGAGUGAAUCUAGCAGCCAUUCCCGAUUUUGCAUACCGCAAAGUGAUGUUGAAGGGGCGUUGGGAUGCCGAACAUGCCAUGUUGCUGGGGCCUCGUGUCCGAGACGGGACGAAUGGCUAUCACCUCGUCGUUCCGCUCAUUCGAUCCGACGGUUCUACUGUUUUGGUCGAUCGUGGUUUCGUUUCCAAAGAUAUGGCAGGCGAUGCCAAGUGCCAUCUUGAAGAUGGCGAGACCCAAAUUCUAGGCAUGCUUAGAACUUCUCAUGUCCGCAAUAAUUUCACCCCCAAUAAUGAUCCUGAGAAGGGCGAAUGGUAUUGGGCAGACAUAUCUGCUAUGGCAGAAUAUGCUGGCGGGGAGCAGACUGGUGUCCAGCCUGUGUAUAUCGAAGAGAUUUUUGGAGGGCAUGGGGGGGAGGUAUCUUCCCGGUUGGCCCGUGGUAUCCCCGUAGGUCGGGCGCCGACAGUUGACGUAAGGAAUGCGCACGCAUCCUACGUGGUGACCUGCUAUGUUUAUAAGAUUGCUAAUGAAGCAGCGACAGACGCGAAUGCGCCUUCCGCGCUGACUUCAGGUCAUAAAGCGAGGCCUUCUUCCUCGACAGACCAUACAACCUCGAACUUGAAUGCAGAUGCGACAGGGAGCCCUUCAGCCGAACAGGGAAAGCAUCUUCGUAUAUGUUUUCCUCAUGGCGAGGACCGCGCAAGCCUGGUCGAUGAUAUUCCUGCGGACUCUAUGAGGUUGAGAUCUUCUCCUGGGCUACGCAAGUCUAUCCUUGGCCAGGGCAAGGAUUCGCUUUUGAUUGAGCGACGUCAUGAUUUUGGACGACGGCGCGUUAGAUCGGUUGACAUGAAGGCGGUUUCGCCUCACAUAAAGCGGCAUUCAGUCGAGGCCGGUGAUGUUACCACUCGCUAUUCUAGGAGAGUAUCCCAUACUGGUAGUCGAGGUGUCCAGAAGGAGAGAGAGCCACAGAGUGCCGUUUUGUCUGACGGUCAAACAGACCUCUCUUUGUCGUCGGCAUUCUCUGACGAAUAUGACUUAUCUCGCGAAGGCAUGUCUGGAAGAUCAUUAAUAAUAGAAGACGUGCGACAUGCAGUCCGUUUGAAAGCCCGGCGAGAGGCUCGACUGAAGGCAGCUCAAGCUUAUUCACAUACAGAGCAUCAGUCAAAAUCGGACGUGGAUCCAUUUAAUUCACGCGUUUCCCCAGUCAAAACGCAUCUUCAGAUACAUCCGACUAUAGCUGCUGCCCCGGAAGUUUUGAACAACGAUUCAGAGAUUGAUUUCAGUCCGUCUAUUGGAACAAUUCCCCUUCACCCAGUUCCUUCAUCUUCGAAUGGUGGCGCGACGCUGGAUUGGUCUGGUUCUGCAUCAGAAGAUGAAAAAUCGGACAAGAAGUGGACGCUGCACCUAUCGAAGAAGAAACAGAAAGAGAGACAAGCGCUGCCAUCGAGUCGGAUCGUUGUCGAGAGGCAAGAUUCGUUGUACGCAGACAAGCUAGCACGCAUCAGAGAAAAAGCCCAUUCACGCACAUUGCGUAAAGCUGCAAUUACCAGUGACCAGCUUGCGAGACGUUAUAGCAUACUUCUGACGCCACCUAGCUCGCAUGUGCCGUUUUUCAAUCUCUUGCAAGUUGUUCGUUGGUACGAUGGCCAAGAAGCCAUAGCUAAGGCAUCCCUGGACAAAACGGAACCGUUCACGUGGUUGAAACACCUCGACAAGGGAGGUCGUGAUUCACCACGCAUUCCCUGGCAUGUUACGGCCUCGAUCGUCGAGGAAUAUAUCAAAUCACGACAUAAUCAAAUAAUGGCUACCAUACCCGAAGAUGAGGUUGUAAAGUCGUCUCCGAUAGCUCCUUCUUUUCCAGAGAACAUGUCUCCGUCGAGUGGUUCACAUUCAUGGAAUCCGUCACCCCAAUUUCUUGAGCCUUCGCUCUCUAGACGGCGGUCUUCAUAUGAUCAACAGCUGUCUUUUGAGCCGCAUGUCGAGUCUGGGCGAGAAUCCGUUAUUGGGGAGUCUCGUCCCAGUAGCGAGGGCUUCACGCGGUAUUGGAAGCAGUCACAUCAAAUAACGACUGAGUCUGCCCCGAGCUCUCUAUAUAGCUUUAAGCUCAACGGCGGUGGUUCUUCGGCGAAGAGCAAUCAUAACCUCCGAAACGUCGCGAAACGCUUGCGUCGUAAACCAUACGACAGCGAAGAUGCUUUAUCAUCCGCUCGCAAUUCCGUGUCGGAACGCAGCGUCUCAGAGGAUGUCCCAACAAAGAUACGAGGGUACAUGCAUAGUAGACCAACGACCCCUGGAUUGCUUUCUCCGGACGAAUUACAUACCGACGACGACAAGGUGUCAUACGAGGCUGUUGACAAAGGUAACGGCGACGGUCUGCCAACUUCUACGUUAGAGAAGUUUCCCAAAGGCGGUGAUAUAAUUGGUACACCAACGCCUGAGACAGCUGUGGACCGCCAUGAAGUGUCGCCGUCCCUCUCGCGUUUCGUCCCUAUUCGUCGUUUGCGGACUUCUCUUCCGACGUCUCAUCGCGCCCUUGCGCAGGAGCGUGAGCAGAGGCAGCGUGCAGUUGACGAGGAAAUUGAGCGCCAAGAAUACGAACGCAAAGCACGGAUCCUGGAAGAGACGGCCUCGCAGAAUUAUCGCAUCCGCUAUCUACUUCAACGUGUGGCCGCCACAAUCAGAGAGUAUGACGUUGUUCAGUCAGGUUUCAUUACCUGUCCCGAGGUGCUCUCCUCAGCGAUUCCGUCAGACGUAUUGGAGGCUUUUUCACAUGACCCCUCUGCGUUCACGAGCUCCACUCGUUCUGUGAAGGGGUGGAAAGCUGUCGAAGACAUCCAUGAGCGUAUUCGACGACAGCGGAAGUUAUUACGAGCAUUCGCGUCAUCUAUGGCAUUUGAGUCCGCCGGCCAAGGUCUUCAAACCAACGUCUUCGACGACCCGAUAUCAUCUAUGGGAGAUGCAUUGAAGAAGUUGGAAGAGCAUCACAGUUGCAUAUCAAGUCAAGCAGAUAGGGUGACAGACGCGUUAGUAAGGGUCAAAGCAGUCCACCAAACCGUCAAGGAAGACUAUAAUAAUACUUUAGCACACACAUCCCUAGUGUAUCCUGAGCUUUCACAAAUUAUAGCACUAGAAGAGAGCUACAGGAGCCACUACCAACAAUUCUGGGAUAUUGGUCUCGACGCGUUGACUCUGUUAUUGGAUACAGUCACACCGUUUUGGCGAAAUUACGGGAAAGUCAUAGGAGAAGAUGUUCAAGAUUUUCUCAUCAUUCCGUGGUACCGCAACGAGUUCACUGGAGAACCCAAGAAAUACCCUCUUACCAGACUCCCUCAACGUUCGUUGCAACAUUGGAUCGGCUUGCUUUGUCUCUGUUUCUUCAGUCUUGGUUUUACACUCUUACAGACUCGCGCCGCUUUUGCGCUAAGUAUGAAUUGGGAUCUUCCGUGGGUUACUCAGGCUGGGCUUUGGUGGCUAAUUUUUCCUUUCUUCAUACUUGGAUUGUUGGUGCAGUGGUGUGCAGUUCUCAUUGAGGUCUCUAUCGUUCUCGCACAGUGGGGGGUGGUAGUAUGGUGGAUAGGCUGGGCUGUUAACAUCUUCACGUAA